CCGUAGCUAUACCAAACGUCCUCGCUGUUUACUCCAGCUUCACCUUGGUGAUGAGGCUACUGGUUCUCACUCUCAUUGUUCUGUUUGAGAUAUCAUCAGGGACAUACCUCUGCUCAAUAAGUGAGACUGAUGUAGCCUGUUAUCCAUGCUCGGCGAUGUGUCCUGGACGGGAAGAGAUAUGCUUCAGAUGCCCAGAUGGAUGCGGAGGAGAUUGCAGAUCUACUUGUGGGGAUAAGUGUCUACACAGAGCGUGUCAUCACACAGACACUGCACAACUUCAGUGUACUCAUGGAUGUAAAGAAGGGUGGGCAGGGAUAUUCUGUCAAGAAGGGUGUCCACCCAACUGCAUUCUGUGUGAUCAAUUCAGUUCCACGUGUCUGUCGUGUGUGGAGGGGUACGAAGGUGACCGAUGUACCCACAUCACAACUGCAGAGGCUGAACACAGCCCAGACACAGGGACCCCCACAAGUGAGCACGAGACAACACAAGAUGAGACAGAGAGCACAGACUCAACCAUCACAGCCACCAGUAGUGUGAACUGUGUAAAAGAAGAUCCGGCAACUGGAGCGACUUCCAACAGGAGUGAGGACGGAAAUCUGAGAUUGAACUGCAGUGACCAAAGCGAUUCAAGAACGACAGACCUAUACCCUUCGUCUCGUCGGCAGGGAAUUAACAUUGGCAUCGGUCUGGCAGUUGCUGUGGUUCUUCUUCUAAUCUGCGCUGCCAUUGGAUAUAAACUGUACAAAGUGCACGGAAGCCUUCAACGGGCCCGAAGAAAUCAACUCCCAAACACAACAGUGUGUCAUGAAGCACGUGACCUCGGACAGCAAGUGCAAGGUGACACUGAAGUGGCCAUUGAUCAACCAGUCCCUGCUCGCCCACUUCAGGUUGCCAUUGUGGAUGAUGACAGGGAAUCUGGAAUAUAUUCCUACAUUGUUGUCAAGGAACAUUGCUAGCAGGCAACAUUCUCAUUACUAGUUUGAUCAUCACAAGAUAUAAUAGUAAUAAUGUUGAUGUUCACAGGGCCUGUGUAUUUGUGUAUUACAUUUCACACGUGUGCGUGCGUGUGUGCGUGCACGCCCUGGACUAAUGCCGGUUUUAUUGUUAGAUGACAUGCCGCAGUUAAACAUGGGUACACUUUCUUGCUUGUAUGGCGAUGUUUUCAAAAGGGAAGAAGUUGGAUAGGCACAUUAUAUUUUGUUUGUUUGUUGUUUACCACCGCACUCAGCAAUAUUUCAGCUGUAUGACGACGGUCUGUAAAUAAUCGAUUCUGAACUCGAUAUGAUGAGCAUGAAACUACGCAAUUGGGAUAAGAUGGCAUGCAUUAAUCACCCGAUCCCGUUAGUCGCCUCUUACGACAAGCAUAGGUUGCUGAAGACCUAUCUUAACCCCAAUCUUCACGGGUCCCCAGAAUGCUGAAUCCGAGCCUAGCAGUCCUUGUUUUAUCCCAAUAAUGCCAGCGCCGGGCAUGAUACCGUCUUUUGGUAAGACGCGGCCGGGGAUCGAACCAUCGACCUGCCGCUCUUGGACAAACACUCUGUACACCAAACCACGUAGGUUGCUAUUUUGUUGUAAAUUGUAAUGUUCUCAACAUAUACUAUUAGAAUAAUCGCUGUUUUCUCUUUAUGAAUAAACUUGUUCACUAGGAAACCGACUCGACAUAUGAUAUUGUCAACUUCCUCUUCAUACGGUUUUAAGCAUUGUAGUAUUGACACAUAUAAAACAGAAACAGAUCUACUUUUUGUUAUUUUUCAAACUGUUUGGUGUUCCGUGUCCAUUCCCAAACUGAAACAAUAUGUUAACCCAGAAAGUGGUAUACAAUCAACACAUGUUUACAAACCAAUUCAAAUUAGU